AUGGAGUGGAUCAGUAGCUCCAGCGUCGUUAGUGUCAUUAGCGUGACGUUAAUCAGUCUUCUGCCGUUAUUUCUCUUAUUCUGGAUUUAUGCCAAUUAUAAAUUGAAUUAUUGGAGUCGUCGGGGUGUGGAGCAGUUACCGAAUACCGAUUUAGUCUUCGGAAAUUUUAAGGAUGCUGUUUUGUUUCGAACAGCUCCAGGAUGGCACCUGGGGAAUCUGUAUCGCGCUGCGAGAAAAGACUCACCAUUCGUCGGUUUCUACAUAUUCCACAAGCCCUGUCUUCUUCUCCGAGAUCCUGAGAUCAUUAAACAGAUUCUCAUCAGGGAUUUCGAGAAUUUCUCGGAUCGACAUUUCGCUGGUAGCCAGCAGAAAGAUAGCAUUGGCAUGAAGAAUCUUUUCGGACUGAAGAAUCCAGCGUGGAAGUACCUCAGGGCAAAAAUAACACCUACCUUGACUAGGGGAAAAUUGAAGCAAAUGUUUCCACUUAUGACGGAAAUCGGGGACAAUAUGAUGCAUUAUCUGAAGGAUCAGAAGAUUGAGGAGGACAGAACUAGGGUUGUCGACGCGCAGGAACUCAAUUAUAAAUUUACGACUGAUCUCAUUGCGAGUGUUGCCCUUGGAACGCAGAUGGAUUCGUUUAAUUAUCCUAAUGAAGAGUUUUCGAAAUGCGUAUCCGAGUUUUUCCAUGGAUUCAAAAGAAUGGUAGCCCUAGUCACCGUCUUCUUCAUGCCAGAGUUGGUAGAAAAAAUUGGUUCCAACAUACUUUUCGAUUCCAAGUUCGUCAGGAAAGUAUUCUGGAAUGCUGUCGAUGAACGCGAGAAAAGUGGCUCGAAAAGAGGAGAUUUCAUUGACUCUCUCGUGCAACUCAAAAAUGGAGAACAAAAUCCCACUUACAGGUUCGAAGGGGAAAAUCUUCUGUACCAAUCGGGAACAUUUUUCUCGGGUUUCGAGUCCAGUUCAACAACCACAUCAUUCACACUUAUGGAAUUGGCAAAAAAUGAGCAGUAUCAGGAACGAGCGAGAAAAGAUAUCUUGAGGGCCAUUGGUGAGCAUGGUUGGGGCUAUGAGGCCAUAAAUGAUAUGAAGUAUUUGGAUCAAUGUAUCGCGGAGGGUGUGAGACUGCACCCUCCGGUGUCCACUAUUGAUCGAUUUACGAGAGAUGAGUACAGGAUACCCGGAACUGAUGUUGUCCUAGAAAGCGAAACACCGAUUUAUAUAUCACUAUAUGGACUUCAGGAGGAUCCCAAAUUCUUUGAAGAUCCGGGAGUGUUCAAUCCUGAACGGUUUCGAGAGGGCCGUCAAGUUUCGGAAGCCUACAUACCAUUUGGUUUGGGUCCGAGGAUGUGUGUCGGCAUGAAAGUGGGACAAUUACACGCAAAAGUGGUGCUAUCAAUGAUCCUGAAGGAGUACGAGGUUUAUCAGAGUCCAGAGGACAAAAGCUAUUUGGAUCCACGAUCGACUUUCACAGCUGCUGCUAACGGAAUUAUCUUGCACUUCAGAAAACUCGAAACGUAAUGCAUUUGUAAAUAUACACCUCGCAUUUUUGUAUUUGAGCGAUUCCACCAAAUCCUGCGCGCAAAUCUGGUCUCUCAAGUUUUUAUUUCUAAGUGGAAUAGGCAACAUUCAUUUUAAAAAACCAUACGCAUACAUAUGUAAAAAAAUGUAAAUACAUAUACAUCACUGAAAGUUUGUUCACUUCAUGAUAAGUAUUUUGAAAACAGACUUACAUAAAUAAAUAUGAAAUAAAUAUUUUAAUUCAGAGGCACCGAUGUCGGUGGCCGAGUAGGCUAGACGCAAUAGUAUAUUUCGUCACUAGGCCGAAAAAA